UGGCAGUCACAACAUCGUCGACUACGGUCCACCGAAUAUUUUCUUUUGCGGUUUUCAGUAUUGGCAUUGCUAUCAGAUAUGAUAGGCUAUCUACGGUUGAGAUUGAUCCUGAUAACUUUAGCCGCGUACUGUGCAGCCGACGACUCAAACAAUUCAGGACUACCAGAUGAAAACAUUACAGCUGGAUACGAGUUGAGAAAACAACUGUUGAAAAAUUACGACAAAGUAGUGGUGCCGGCUACAAACAAGAAACUCGUUCAUAUGAAAAUUAACACUGCAUUCAACAGCGUGGAAUUGAGUUACGAAAAGUCUCAUAUGGUAAUUUACGCCUGGUUAAAAAUAACGUGGAAUGACGAACGACUGAUAUGGAAUCCGAGCGAUUACGAUAAAAUCAAUUACAUACCAAUAGAACACCAUGAAAUUUGGCAUCCAGACAUUAUGGCCUACAACAACAUAGACGACAAUGCCAUAGAGUACAGACACCCACUAAGUCUCGUGAAAAACACCGGAGACGUAUUAUGGGUACAGCCCGUGAAGUUCAAGAUACACUGCCAAGCCGACAUGACCCAUUGGCCAUUCGAUACGCAGACUGGAGUGUUAAAAGUCGGAUCAUGGGUGCACAGCGCAAAAGUGAUAAAUCUGACAGACACUACACACGAGAUCGAAAUCGUUAGCCCUCAUUCGGAAUGGCAAAUACUACAAGUUUCUAGUGAGAAAAUGACAAAAUUCUAUUCGUGCUGCCCGAAUGAACCAUACAACCACAUCGAAUACAACAUCACCAUCAAUCGGAAAACUAAUCAUUAUCAUUCGGUUGUUUUCAUACCGGCGUUAUGUACAGCUCUGUUGAAUUUACUGGUGUUUUGGCUUUCGCUAGAUGACAGAAGUAAAUUGAUAAUGAGUCUAUUUAACGCAUUAAUUGUUGUCGUCAUUCUACAAAUCCUAUACUCGAAAAUACCUUUGAUAUUAUCCACUGUCCCAUUAAUUGCUACAUACUACACGUACAAUCUCGGAUUGAUAGUUUCUACGGCUAUAAUAUCAGUGAUAAUGAAAAAUAUGACGAUAACAGGGAAACCUCUUUCAAAACCAAUUUCAAGCAUCGUUCAAUCCAAAUUUAUAGAAUUCCUGACAAUGGAGGAACCGUCGUUGAACAAUCGAACUCAAAACGAAGGCAAAGAAAUAGAUUUACAAUACAUAGAGUUUGACAAAAAACAGGCAUUUGCUAAAAUAAUCGAUAAAAUAUGUUUUAUUAUAUUUUCAGUUAUUUAUGUUAUUCUCCUAUCACGCUUUUUAACAAUGUUAAACACUUGUCAUAUUGGAUUAUUCUUAUUUAUAGCUAUACAAGCUGUUACACACUCGUGGGCGUUUGGCGCAAUCCAGUCAAUCCAGUUAUUUAAUCACAAUUCAACAGUAGAAAAUAUUUUGAGAAAACAAAUUUUUAAAAACUAUGACAAAGUAGUAAAACCUGACUCCAAGGAUAAUACCGCUUUAGAAGUGAACAUGAGAAUAUUGAUAAAAAGUGCAGAAUUGAAUUAUGAAAAAUCUCAAAUGAUACUAAGCACAUGGUUCAUAUCGAACUGGGUCGAUAAUCGGUUAGCUUGGAAUUCGAAUGAAUACGAAUAUUUAAAUUCCAUAAUAGUCGACCACCGUGAAAUCUGGCACCCGGACGUCAUGGCAUUCAACAACGUCGACGCAAACAUGGAAGAUGAUCGGACGCACGUUAAUAGCGUGGUAAACCGAAACGGUGGAGUGAUAUGGAUUGAACCGGUACAGUACACUAUACACUGUAAAACAGACACGACGAACUGGCCUCACGACACACAGACUGGAGUCUUAAAACUCGGGUCGUGGUUGUACUUGGGCAGAGAACUGAACCUAACCAUCGACGGUGAUGAAGGGGUGGAAGUGUCAGCCAGCGCGCACACUGAAUGGGACAUCCUUAACGUUUCUAAGGAGAGGCACGCCAGGUACUAUCCUUGCUGUCCAGACGAACAGUAUAUCGACGUUGAGUACAACAUUACCGUCAGGCGGAAAGUCCAUUCCUAUAAAUCAGUCAUCUAUUUCCCUGCACUAUGCAGUAUUUCGUUUAAUUUACUAACAUUUUGGCUCCCGUACACCGACAAUCAUUGUAAGUUAUUUGUGAACCUGUUCAACGCGCUGUUCGUCACUCUAGCCAUUAUGGUCGUGUACUCAAAAGUGCCAAUCGUUACUUCCACUGUUCCAUUGGUUGUUGUUUACUACACUUACAGUUUGGCACUUAUCACCGUCACCGCAGUGUUAUCCAUGGCUCUAAGAUGCAUGUCCAAAGUGAACAAACCACUGCCGCACGGGAUCACUUGGUUUCUUCAUUCCGGUUACCUGGUGUACUUGGGUAUCGAGAUAAACGAUUCGCCGUCCGAUUGCCAUAUGCUCUGCGAAUCCGAAGAAAUGAUCGCACAGACCGCUGAUUUAAACGAGAGACAUAAACUCGCCAAGGUGAUCGACAGGAUAUGUUUCGUGGUGUUCGCAUUCGUCUAUUUGGUUCUUCUAUUGCGGUUCAUGCCUUAGACAGACGCUGUAUCACUAUAAUAUUCUUAAUACGCACACGAUUCUUUUAAGGUUUCAACAGUGCCUUAUCAAUUAUAUACUUAUUAAUUUUUUUUUUUAAACUAUAUUUAUCUACCUACCUACUUAUACUAUAGAUGAAUAUUAUCUUUGGACGGUUGUACAUCUCACUGACUGGAAUAUUCAAAUUAUGCCAAAUUAAGUCAUUGAUGCAAGUAGGUAGUCUAAAACAAUAAGAAAAUUGGAUUCUAAUUAAAGAUAUUACUAAUUAAUAACUAUGAUUACCUAUGUAUAUAAAUAAUAAAAGAAAGUAAUGUUGUCCAAAUUUCACAA